AUGACUGGCAAGGCUACUCCUCGUGCUGACACUCAGCAUUCAUGUGAGUGCCUUCUUCCCUGUUCCUGUCCGUAUACGACCACAGUUUCCACCUGGGUAGCUUACUCGACCUCCACUAAGGUUGCUCGUAUUCCGAUUGAUGCCAUUUCUGCCGAGUAUAAUAGUAACGCCCAAAAAAGAUCUUACUUAAAAAACCUUGAUACGAUGGAUGCCACACUAGACGCUUUACAGCAACUGCUAACGAAAUGCAGAACUGAGUUGCUGACAUAUCGAAAUCAGUUUUUCGCAGAACAGGAAAGUAAUGCUUUCUCGAACACUAGUCUUCGCCGCGAAACCGAGUUACUUAAAGUUCAGUUGGAAACCUACAAGAGCAACCUUGCCGAAGAACGAGUAGCCCAUCAAGCGUUAUUGCUGGAAAAUAACCAACUUGUUGGCUUACUGAAGCAGAAGCAGAAUCAAGACAUGCACGUCGAAGCGUUCAAUGGCCACAUGGAACAAGCCGGUCAUAGAGACAACAACAGUAGCAGAGAGAGUUCAGCACCGGCUCAGAUAAGUCAGCAUGAUGGGCAUUUGGAACGGCAUCCGUCGCAUUGUUCACUUUGCAACAAGGUGUUCGUAGAUUUUCAAUCCCUUGAGACACACAUCGAUGACUGUCCGGCUUAUUAA